AUGGCCCUCCAAGCACGUACCGCCGUCGUCUCGCGUGUCACUAACGAGACCAAAAUCCAAGUGUCGCUCUCCCUGGACGAUCCCGAGGAAGCAGAGGCCGCGAAGAAGGGCAUUGUCCCUCCUAAGGAUGCCGGUCAUGCCACACAAUUCACCCCGACCCAGCAGAUCACCGUGAGCACUGGAAUUGGCUUCCUGGACCACAUGCUGCAUGCGUUGGCGAAGCACUCCGGAAUGAGUCUGGCGGUUCGCGCAAAGGGCGACCUGUACAUUGACGACCACCACACCACCGAGGACACCUUCCUAGCCGUUGGAACUGCUUUCACAAAAGCCCUUGGCGCCCGUCAAUCACUGGCGCGUUUUGGCCGCGGUGACGCCCCGCUGGACGAGGCUCUCUCAUGGGCCGUGAUCGACCUGUCAAGUCGCCCCUGGGCUGUGAUCAACCUUGGCUUCCGCCGCGAGAAGAUUGGCGACCUGAGCACUGAGAUGAUCACCCACGGUCUGCAGAGUUUCGCUCAGGCUGCCGACGUAACGCUUCACGUUGGCUGCACAUACGGUGACAACGACCACCACCGCGCGGAGAGUGCCUUCAAGGCUCUCGCUGUUGCUAUCCGCACUGCUGUUACCCGGAAAUCGGCCGGUGAGGUCGGCGCUGGCGAUAUCGUUAGCACUAAGGGUGUUCUGUGA